CGCCCGAUCAAAGCAAUCGUCGAAACAUCGCGUCGCAGUCGGCGUGGAGAGGAGACCUUCGCGGGGCCGCCUGCUACGAUCACCUGCAGUCGCAACCGACGAGCGCGAGAAUCGACAACGUGACGGCGCGCGUACAGACAUGACUCACGGCGCGUAAACGACGAAAAAUGAUUAUGAUGAGGUCGAACCCGACGCAGAAGUUGGGCGGCAAGCCGCCCCCGCCCGUUCCCCCGAGGCCCUCGAAGAGUCUGGUGCAACAGGCUCUGGCCAAGACCAGAAGGGUCUGUCUCGGGGGAGCCAACAGGCAAGCCCCUGCUCCGCCGCAGCCCAAUCAGGAGGUCGCGAAGUCCAGAUCGAUGGUCAGCGUGAUUCUGAGGAAGCCCACUUUUAAUAGGACCGUUUCGCACGAUGCCAAACCCAACGGGAGACCUGUAGUGUACAUGUCUUCGAAUGCUAAACCAAAAAGUUCAGAGGUUACUAAGGAAGAUAUAAGUGCGCCAAUACAAUAUAAUGCUGCAAAAGACAAUCCUCCCGAUGUUACCAAAAAGAUUGCACCUCCAAUCCCUACCACAAUACCCUCCAAACCACCAAGCAGUGUUACCUCCAGCCCUUCUAGUAGCAACACCAACAGUUUGGAUAAAAACUACGAUAAAAUGCUUGACGAUAGAAACCACGUCAACACUCUAAUAGAUGAGAUGUUUGCAAGCGUUCUCGAAGUAUCUGGUUGUGAUGAUUCCGAGGAAAUAAAAAUUGUAAACAAUGAGAAAACAGAAGCAUCCCCAAAGACAGUCAUAGUAAUAAACAAUCCCCCUCAAGCGGACUUAAAACAACCCGACAUAAUAAAGGACAUAUCCAACCACGAGCUGCUGAUAAGCGAGCUGCAGAACAUGAAGAAGGACCAGGAGAGAAUCAUGAGGCGUCAAAGAAAACCCUCCAUGAACAUCUUCGACAGAAAACACAAGUCCACGGAGCAUCUGAACAAAAGUGACCAAAAAAUUAACUGCGAAAAUUGGGUGGGUCUCGGGGAUAAAGGACAAAAAGUAAACUUGUCCAGUUGUCAGAUCACGUUGAGUGAUAAUCAAUUAACGGAAAAGGACAUGCAGGAUUUGACAUUGGAUUGUGAAAGAAUCAGUAAAAUGUCCCACCUCCACGGCCUCCCGCCGCUCCCCAAAAGCCUCUCGGGCUUCAACAUUUUGGAGCACGCCGCGCAACAUCAGCACGGCGCGGACGAGCCGCGCAAACCCCCCACUCCUGUGCGCACCAGCUCUAUACGAUCCGGUCAAGCCGGUCAGCACGCGCAUCUGAGUGCCGCGCAUCAGCAUCAGCAAGCUUCUGCGCAGCAGCAGCAGCAGCAACAGAGACAGCAGGGGCCGCAUGAAUCUACGGGGGCCACGAGGAAGAUGUCGAACAUGGACAGCAAGUUGGCGAUACUAAGGAGAGAAAUGUACGGUUUAAGACAGCUGGAUCUGUCGCUUCUAACCCAACUAUGGUCUCUGAACGAGUCCAUUCAAGAUUUCCGCCAAAUGUUGGAAGAUGACGACUAUACGGAUGACGACGAUAGCGAUUUCUUGGCUUCCUCCCCCACCCCCACCUCCGAGGAAGACACCGAGGAGUUUUUCGUGCCUCAACCUUCAACGUCGAGAGGGCUAAGACCUGCGCCUCCUCCUCCGCCAAUCAGAAGGCCCAAUGCUGCAGCCUCCACGUCGAGGAGUCUGAUGAAAUAAACGAAAUGAUUCAAUUCAAUAUGCUAAAGGCAUCGUAAAAUAACAGAAUUUAUUUAAUUUACAAUCGUAAAUUUUCUUAAACGUGCUAGUGUUUUUAAUAGCCUCAUUUUAUUUUCAUUGUUUUUGAAAGGAACAAUUUUUAGAUUUUUCUUUGUGAUAUAGGUAAUCUUACACUAAUUUAAUAUUUUUUGUAUAUGUAUGUAUUUAGUGUAUAAAUAAAUAUACUUAAUUAAUUU